AUGAUUUAUAACAUUGCCGCAGAUCUCAUUACGAAAGUGGACAUAGCAGAAACUUUUGAAAUUUUUGCAAAUCUGAAACUCUAUUUUAAAGAUGGAAGUCUUGAAGGGAAGAAACAGAUAAAAUCUUACUGUGAACAGCUUUGCGGCUAUUCUGCAAAAGGAUACGUGGACAGCAUUAGACGCUUGUUGAAAGAUCAUUAUGAAUCGAACGGAGAAGAAAGUAGAAGAGCAGAAGUGGAAGCACUGUCGGUUGCGUGUGAGAAGGGUCACAUAAAAGUUGUCGAAGUUCUUCUGGAGCACAAAGUGAAGGUUGGUGAAAAGAAUGUUGAUGUGGUAACAAGCUAA